AUCAGGCAGUGGUGCAGCGGAAAGUUCACGUUGAAAGUGGCCAUUUUGUACCUACCAUGGCUACCAUACGGGUAUUUUUACUGCUUGCUCUGUGGAGCAGCUGUGGGCAGUUGGUGCUGGGACGUAGCGGGACGAUGGACGACUGGAUCAGGUUGAACAAUACAUUGUUCUCUAACUAUUCAAAAGAGAUUUAUCCUGUUUAUGACUUCAAUGAUACACUGGUUAUCAAUACAGCUAUGUUUUUAUUGUCCAUUCUCGAUUUUGACGAAAUCGCCGGAGUUAUUACCCUCAAUGGCGGUGUGGGGUUCAGCUGGACCGACUUUCGUUUGACAUGGGAUCCAAGUAACUUUGGAGGCAUUGAAGAUAUACUCAUCAACUCCACAUUGGCGUGGACUCCGAAGGCGUACUUAUUGAAUACUGCAGAAGACAUGGAACCAUUCAAUUUGAAAGACUUUGGUAUCAGAUUGAUGUAUAACGGAAACUGUUUUAUUGCUCCUGGCAAAAUAAUGAAGGCGACCUGUUCAGUGGAUAUGUCCGACUUUCCCUUAGACUCGCACUUGUGUAGUAUUCUCAUAACACUUUGGGGUGUACACAUAGACGAAACUCGUCUGGGAUACAACAGUACCGAAUUCAUUAUGCAGUAUUACACGGCUAAUGGUGAGUGGGAUAUUGUGGACACAUCAGUAGCAUAUUCUACAGCAACUGUAUAUGGUGUCUUUUUCAAUAUAAAUAUCAAAAGAAGACCGAUAUUUUUUGCUUUGUCCCUGAUAAUUCCAAUUCUUCUGUUGUGCUUCCUGAACCCGUUCGUGUUCCUCAUCCCGGCCUCCUCAGGUGAGCGGAUAUCCUACACAAUCACCAUGUUCCUGGCCCUGGCUGUGUAUAUGUCAAUAAUCGGUGACAGCUUGCCGUCAAUUUCUGAGAACAUGGCUGGUAUGUCGUUUUUCUUGUUAAUAACACUGAUAUGCAGUAGUUCUCUGAUCAUAUUGACAAUAUUCACUCUACGCUAUGAAGCUCUUUCUGAUGUCAGCGACUUCCCGAGAAUUAUCAGACGUUUGACUAUCUGUUUCAUGAAGAAGGGAAAGAAUAAAGUAAAUGCACGGAUUCAUUGCGUGGACGAAAAAGAAGAACAGAGGGAGACAGACGAAAUUGAUUGUGAUAUUAAGAAAGAUGACGUCAUUCGAUGGGUAAACUUGUCAUUAUUUGUGACGUCACAAAUAGUGACGAUGAUAGUCAUCAUUUGGUUUUUCUGCCACCUUUUUACGUAAAAAUUGUAUUGAAGACAAAUCUGCACAAUGUAUUUUGGUAACACAAUG